AUGUCUAUGUAUCCAUCAAGCAAUGUUCAAUGGUCCGAAUGGGUCUAUGAUCCAACCUAUGGCCAGCACUUUCGCCAGGGUACAGAUGCCAAUGGCGAGGCCCUGAUUCAAUGGGAAUCUGAAGUCGCCAAUGACCCUUCCACGCCUCGCGAAACUGACGAGGUCCCGGACGUAUCGACGCUUACUCUCCAAGAUCCCCCGUCUCCGGGCGACGGCGACCCAGCCAAUUAUACUACAGAAGCCUCGUCAAAAAACAAGUCCAAGUCCAAGUCUCACAAAUCAUCCAAAAAGGAGUCGAAGAGUUCAAAAUCCAAGUCCAAAUCAUCGCAUCGAAAGGGAAAGAGCCGUGCCCAAGAUGAUGAUGAAGAAGAAGAAGAGCCGAAUCCCGGCCAGGCCAGUCGCUACUAUCUCGAUCAUGAGACCGGACAAUACCUACCUUAUCCAGGGAACGAACAAGAUCCAGGAGGAUAUCAUGGUGCUGGGGAUGGUGAUGAUGCAGCUCUCGAGGCAGCCUAUCAUGAAAGCCGCAAAUAUAGCAGGGAUCAAUACUCUGCCGGUGGACCCGCAGCCUAUGAACCCGCUGAACCUGAAGAGACGCCAGCUCGCGCUGAAGAGCAUAUCGCAGGCACUGCGGGUGAAUACGAGCCGCUAGACCCUCGGUAUCAGGUUGUGCAUUCGAGUUACUUCCAACCUGGCGAGGUUUUCAAGGUCCUGUGGCCUGAGCCAGUGGGAUCAAGAUCCGCACCCAGCGCGGCGUCUUACCCUGAAUCAACAAGAGGCGCACCCAGUGUAGCGAUUUACGCUGAUCAAUAUGGCGGCCAGAUCUUUGCUCACUUCCGCCGCUUCAUCGUGAUCGCAAAUGAUCAGGGGCACUGCCAGUGCGUGCCCAUCUCAACGUACGGCAAAAAGGGCUGUACCAAGAGCGGCGCCAAGCCCUCGCAACACGGUAUCGUCCAUGACAUGAGGUCAAGGCCACAUUAUCUGGCAAACGAGCCUGAGCUUGGGUACAGUCCGGUUCGAGUCGAAAUCACGGACCCGAGCGAAAAGAUUUCCAAGGAAUCCCGGGUCAACUACGCCAAGCUGACGACUGUCGAGCACAAUGUCAAAGUACUCUUCGUCGGCCGAGUGAUACCUGAGGACCUACCAAUCGCCAAAGACGCGGUCGAUGCCUGUUGGCUCAAGAAGACCCAUACCAGGAGGCAUCGCAGGCAGUAG